AUGGAAUCAACCAUAGGAAAAGCGUGUUUUGAGCUUAUAGAAAGAAUUGCUCAAUCAAAGGGGAAGUGCAUUACAGUGGCUGAUUUGUAUGUUGUACCAACAUGGCGACAGCCAAUGGCAGCUGACCCACUCUCAAGUUUACCUAAACCUUUCCCAGUCAAUAUUUCCUGGACUGUGGCACGAGACCACUGGUUUGGAAAUCCAGGUAACAGUAUAUACCACAUACAGCCAUAUGGAAAUGACUGUGGUAUCUUCAUGUUGAUGUAUGCCCUUUACUCCGUUCUGGAUGCCCCUUAUGAU